AUGCUUAAGUUCAAAAAAGUGAGUUUAGGCUUCAUUACUUGUCUCUUAACCCGUUCUUAUCAUUCACUACUUCUUUUUAUUCCAUUUACUCUCUCCACAUUCCUGCAGAUAUGGCCGAUACCAUUUCGAUCCUCAUUCUACUUUUACCCCAUGACAAGCCUACUCUCCACCUUGGAGUCUGAGGUACAUGGUUUCUCUGAUUCCAGCAAAAAGUGCCUCUCAGGAAUACUAGAAGAAUCUCAUAACUGCCUUAAUGAUCUUCGUUUACUUGAAGCAGAAUUAGAAGUCGAAGUUGCAAACGAUCAGAAUCCACCUAAUGACUUUGAUAUAGAUAGUUUGGCCAAAUCGACUGAUUCGUGGUACAAGAACUCGAUAACUCAUUUGAAGGGGUACAACUCAGGCAUCAAUAAGUUUCUGAAAAACAUUUUUAAUAACCCCCAGUAUCGCAUGGAGUUGGAUGAGGCAUAUACCUAUCCAUUAAAUCUCAGCAACUAUCCAAUAACGACCCAGGGCGAUAAGAGUAAGCUAGGAUUCAUUCAGAGAGAGAACCAUGAGGAGCUUUUGAAGGCAAUUAUAUUGCAUCUUCUCAAAAUCGGCCAGUGCAAUUUGUUGAAUGAGCUUGUCAAAGAGAUUCCAUCUGAUAAACCAAUAACUAUCGACCAGACCCUUUUGAACCAGUUCAAUCUUUUGAAUGAUAUUGUAAAUGACAUAACGACAAAGCACGACCUAACAAAGGCACUCAAUUGGUUCAAAGAGAAAAGAAAACUGAAACCUUCGUCUGGAGAACUGGCCCUCGAUAUCAUAGAGUUCAAGUUCCACAUGCUCCAAUUCACGUUGUUGCUCUAUAGCCCGAACACAGUCAACGACAUUGACAACUCGGCUCUUUCCGCCUACAUGUACUCGAAAGAGAACUUUUCGUCGUCCAUGAAGUCUCACCUAGACGAGGUAUCUGCAUUAAUGACAUUGCUUGUGUUGCGAAGAGAUAGAAAUGGCACCCAACAGUUGGAUACGAUGAAAAACCUAUCUUCCAGAAUUCUGGCAUCCUUACGUGACAGAGAAAAAGUGGGUCAAACAGGUAGUAUUUCAUUUGCAUCAGAAAUACUUCUCGCUUCAAGCAGCAUUCACAGUAAGGAAGCCGUGUUCACCAAUUUAUCCAACGAGUUCAUAUCAGAAUACUGCAAGGAUUUGAACCUAUCCAACGAUUCAUCGCUAUUCCAGUGCAUGCUAGCAGGAUUUGUGAAUCUACCCAGCUUCUACAAGUACAACAAAAUUCAAAUGAAACUAGGCAAGGGCCUAAAGACUGCAAACGACCCCACUGUUGCUAGUAACCUUCCUAACACCAACACAGAAACUAUGGUUGACUAUGUAUCAACUUUUAGAAAUGAUCUUCCCUUUCAACUUCUGGGUGCAAGUUCGUUUUUAUUUCUGUAUCAUCCAAUUUUCAUUUGUCCUGUUUCGAAAGAACAGUUGAUCCCGCUUACUGAUGACGAUCGCAACAGUGAGGGUAUGCAUGAACCAAAUCCUGUCGUUGUAUUGAAAUUCUGUCAUCAUCUUGCACUCCGAGAGAGUGUAUGGCAAUUAUCGAAGCGAGGUAAGGAUUAUUUCAAGUGCCAUUAUUGUUACAAGAGGCACAAGUUUAGCGACGUCAAGGAGGCGUAUUUUAUUGAUUUAUGA